AUGCUACCGUCUGAUACCCCACCCACAGGAAAUGUGCAUUCAGAUGCACCUACUACAGGGACUUCGUCUUCUGGAGAAUGGGAUCCUCUAGUGCAGUACGUGGUGGUUCGCCGAGACUUGGCGUCUGAGUUGCAGUGGCCUCUGGGGGCAGUAGUGGCGCAGGCAUGUCAUGCUGCGGUGGAUGCACUGGGGCUGGCAAUGGAACAGAGUAGAGAGGAAGCGAGGAGGUAUUUGGCAGAAGGCAGUGGCAUGAGGACUGUAGUUCUGCAGGUCUCAGAUGAGGGCGAGUUGCUGAAACUACGGGAGAAGCUUGUGCAAAAACAAGCUAGAAAUGAGCUCAGUUUGGGCUCUCUUUUACCAGAAACGCCCCCAGAUGUGGGCGGAGAAGAACCGGCGCCCUUGUAUGAUCCGGCCAAACCUGCAACACCGCCUCAGCCGCCUCCAACCCGCCCGUCGUUCCAUCGGCCUGUUGCGAGAGAUCCCGUUCCAGCUGAGGCACAGUUUGCCACGUGGAAACCUCCCCUUCAACCGGCGCACCCCAGGUCGCUUACUGUAGCUCUAAUUGGCCCACCAAAUGCAGGGAAAAGUUCUUUGCUGAAUGCAUUCCUUGGAGUUACGGUUUCGGCCGUAUCCAAUAAGGUGAACACGACAAGGACAGACUUCCGUGGAAUGGUGACAAAGGGGAACUGCCAACUAGUGUUCGUCGAUGCACCAGGCAUUAUCGAGUCACACCCGAAAAGGACUUUCUGCAAGGAGCUCGUUAACGCAGCAUGGAGGGGUUAUGAAGAUGCAGACUUGGGGAUUCUGGUCAUUGAUACUGAAGCCCUGACAGGUGGCAUAGUCUGCCCGCCAUCCUUGGGUGAAAUGUGGAAAGCUGGAAUUCCAGGGACAGUGCGGCAUCGCUUGGCGAAAACUCAUACAGAUGGCGAAGAAGAUGGAAACUCGCUGACGAUCCCAAUACUUCUGUGCCUCAAUAAGAUCGACUUGGCAUCUCAUCCGAAGUGGAUUCGCGCUCGUGAAAAAGAGUUUCAGACAUAUUUAUUCUGCUGGUUUAACAAAGACGUCCCAUAUCGUAUUACUCAGCAAACAGUGGGCUGGUCGUAUCAAGAAGACGGCUCAAUCGUUAUUGAGCAAGAGCUGCUAGUCAGGACUGCGCAAGUUGCGAAGAUGAUUUGUGGCGUUAGAGGUCGCAUACUUCUGCAGAUGCGGAAGAAUGUCACAUAUAGGCUAGAACAGUUAUGGGGGUGCAGGGUUCACCUGAACAUAUUUGUCAAAGUUUCUGGUGACUGA